GUUAUUUUGUGCAACAAGAUGGCUGUCGUUCCUGAGAACAGAGUCCUCUCCUUCAGCGUUUUUAAAUGGAGCUCUUACUCCUCCACAUAUUUACCAGAGAACAUCUUGGUGGACAAACCUAAUGACCAGUCCUCCAGGUGGUCUUCUGAGAGCAACUACCCACCACAGUACUUAAUAUUGAAACUGGAAAGGCCGGCAAUCGUUCAGAGCAUCACCUUUGGAAAGUAUGAGAAGACUCAUGUUUGCAACUUGAAGAAGUUCAAAGUGUUUGGAGGGAUGAGUGAAGAGAACAUGACAGAGCUUCUGUCCAGUGGCCUUAAGAAUGACUACAACAAGGAGACAUUUACCUUGAAACACAAGAUCGACGAGCAGAUGUUUCCCUGCAGAUUUGUCAAAAUAGUGCCUCUGAUGUCCUGGGGUCCCAGUUUUAACUUCAGCAUCUGGUACAUCGAGCUGCACGGCAUCGAAGAUCCUGACGUGGUGCAGCCCUGCCUUAACUGGUACAGCAAGUACAGAGAACAGGAAGCGAUCCGCCUUUGCCUCAAGCACUUCCGACAGCAUAACUACACGGAGGCCUUCGAGUCGCUGCAGAAGAAGACCCGGAUAGCGCUGGAGCACCCGAUGCUCACCCACCUGCACGACCGGCUAGUGCUGCGGGGAGAUUUCGACGCCUGCGAGGAGCUCAUCGACAAAGCUGUGAGAGACGGGUUGUUUAACCAGUAUAUCAGCCAGCAGGAGUACAAGCCCAGGUGGAGUCAGAUCAUCCCGAAAUGCAACAAAGGUACAAGCGCCCAAGAAACCAACCGAGACGACAUGAACAGCGACGGUGACGACAACCGGCCCGGGAUGAGGGGAGGGCAUCAGAUGGUCAUCGACGUCCAGACCGAGACGGUGUACCUGUUUGGAGGCUGGGACGGCACGCAGGACCUGGCCGACUUCUGGGCUUACAGCGUUCAGGAGAACCAGUGGGCCUGCAUCUCCCGAGACACGGAGAAAGAGAGCGGUCCGAGUGCUCGCUCCUGCCACAAGAUGUGCAUCGACUCGCAGCGGCGUCAGAUCUACACGCUCGGCCGCUACCUCGACUCCAGCGUCAGGAACAGCAAGUCUCUGAAGAGCGACUUCUACCGCUACGACAUUGACGCCAACACCUGGACGCUACUCAGCGAGGACACGUCAGCCGACGGAGGGCCGAAGUUGGUGUUUGACCACCAGAUGUGCAUGGACUCCGAGAAGCACAUGAUCUACACGUUUGGUGGUCGGAUCCUGACGUGUAACGGCAGCGUGGAGGACAGUCGGACAUCAGAGCCCCAGUUCAGCGGCUUGUACGCGUACCACUGCCAGGCCGGGACGUGGAGCCUCCUGCGGGAAGACUCCUGCAACGCCGGGCCAGAGGACGUCCAGUCCCGCAUAGGACACUGCAUGCUCUUCCACACUAGAAACCGCUGUCUCUACGUUUUUGGGGGUCAGAGGUCCAAGACGUACCUGAACGAUUUCUUCAGUUACGAUGUUGAUGGAGAUCACGUGGAGAUCAUCUCUGAUGGCACCAAGAAGGACUCGGGCAUGGUGCCGAUGACGGGCUUCACCCAGAGAGCCACCAUCGACCCCGAGCUGAACGAGAUCCACGUCCUGUCAGGCCUCAGCAAGGACAAGGACAAGCGGGAGGAGAACGUCCGCAACUCCUUCUGGAUCUACGACAUCGCCCGCAACAACUGGUCAUGUGUGUACAAAAACGAUCAGGCAGUGAAAGAAAACCCAAGUAAAGCUCUGCAGGAGGAGGAGCCGUGCCCACGCUUCGCCCACCAGCUGGUUUACGAUGAGAUGCACAAGGUGCAUUACUUGUUCGGUGGAAACCCGGGGAAGUCUUGCUCCCCUAAAAUGCGUCUGGACGACUUCUGGUCCCUCAAACUGUGUCGGCCCUCCAAGGAGUACCUGCUGCGCCACUGCAGAUACCUCAUUAGGAAAUACAGAUUUGAGGAGAAAGCCCAGUCGGAGCCGCUGAGCGCUCUGAAGUACCUCCAGAACGACCUGUCGCUGACCGUCGACCACAGCGACCCGGACGAGACCAAAGAGUUCCAGCUCCUGCCCUCGGCGCUCUUCAAGUCCAGCUCCGACUUCAUCCCGCUGGGCUUCUCAGACGUGGACCAGACGUACGCCCAGCGAACGCAGCUCUUCGACACGCUCGUCAACUUCUUCCCCGACAGCAUGACCCCACCCAAGGGCAACUUGGUGGACCUCAUCACCCUGUAGCCCCGCCCUCCCGCCACAGCCCCGCUCCCCCUCUCCCUCCAGCACCCCUCUACCUGACUGAACACCCACCCACACCCCUGCACCCCUCCCCCCCAACGGGACUCUUAAGGCGAGUUUUUUUAUUUUUAUUUUUAAUUUUUUUUUUUUUUUUUCUGUGCCCGACCUCUACUCAUGGGAAUAAACUCGUCUGCAGCAACAAAACAACAAACCCGCCUCGUCACGUUGAGCUCCUGCUGCCACAGGUCAUGGUACUGAACCAGAUGGGAAAAUCAGGGCUGGAAAGGUUAAUUCACACAGGCUUUAUUUUUAUUUUUUAUUUUUUUUUGAGGGGGGGCACUGAACAACACUGUGUUAUUUUGGAUAUGAGCAUAACUUCAUGGUGACCUGAGGCAGUGUUUUUUUUUUUUUUUUUUUUUUUUUUUUUUUUUAAUAUUUCCAAGGCCUGAUAUCCCCUCCUUCUUUUUCAAAUUUAAUUUAACUUAAUUUUUUCCUCUUCCCGCUGAUUUCCUGGAGCGCGCAAAGAAUCUUUAAACUCUGCCAAAACGUUGCUUUUGUUUUUCAUUCACACUUGAUUUCUAGAGGGUUUACACACACACAACAAAAAAAAAAAGAGGAUUUGCACGCAGCGUUUGCUGGCAUUGGUCGCUUUAUGUCUAAAUUUUAUUUUGCUGUUGAUUCUUUUCAUUUUUCUGAAGUCUUGGAUUUGUGCUUUGUAUCCAUGCAAAAAAAAAAAAAAAAAAAGAAAGAAACACGUUCUACCACAUGCACAGGCAUCCAUACACUAAUUUGGAGAAAAUAGCUGACGAGAUGACGUCUGUUCAGGCUUGCGUGUGUUGAAAUUGCGUUGAGACAGGUCGGCGGUGGCCGGAGUGAGUUUUGAAGUCCCUUGAGGGGCUUCUUGAGGAGUGCGCAGGGGGGGUCCCAGCUAAAAGAGUUUGAUUUCACCGUUAUUUCAUUUAUUUCAAAACAGGACAGCGCCAAAAAAAAGCUGUUGGAAUUCAUUCACACCCGAGGUUUCACUCUCCCAAGCUACAACAUCAGCAGUUGCCCUUUUGACCAAAUCAUCCAACAACAGCAAAAAAACAAAAAACAAAAAACAAAAACAAAACCUUCAUAUAAAAUCUUACGAGCGUCUGUGGCUUAAUAUGUAUUUAUUGGAGGGCGUCUUUGACAUGAAUGAGUGCAAAUCCCCCUGCUUUCAUUUCAGUGAUGAUUUGGUUUGCUUCGCCCUGUGACAAACGCCCCAAUUAUUGAUGAUGAUGAUGAUGGCCGUGCAGACGCAUACGGCGCCAACAAUUUUAAUAGUGUUGUAGAAACAAUAGAGGAAUGAUCCUAAGAUAUCAAAUUUAAUAUAUAUAUCUAUAUAUAACAUAUACAGUAGUGUGUGUGUGUGUGUGUGUGAGUGAGUGAGAGAGUGAGAGAAUUGAGUCUGCCGGUGCCAAUAAUCCAGUUGUAAUGAAAAUUACAGUGGGGGGAAACCGAGUUGUCGGUGUGUGUAUCCUGGUGUGUUGCCAGGAUGUCUCUUUAAUGUGAUGCAUCAGUGGGUACAUUCUUCUUUUGUCCCCUCCUCAAAACCACCGCCUGACUUAUUCCCAGUAGUAGAUGGGGGGGGGGGGGUUUUGGAGGCAGAGCUGGCUCUGAUUUGGCUCAUUCAGUCACAGAAUAGAUGUAGACUCACAUCCAUCAGGUGGUUUUUAGUUACAAGUCAAGCCGUUUACACACCGAUGAGGUUUCUGGCUUCCUGCUCUCGGUCUCUGCUGUGCAACAUGUGCAGACCAAACGCCCGACGUGUGAUAUAUACACUGCUGCCUCUCCACACUUGGCCUUCUUUUCUCCACCGGGUGGCGACACUAUCCAGAAAUCAGUGGCAAGUUUUCAUCACUGAAAGGCUUGGCAUUUCCUCCCCAUGACAACAUCAAUAACAAUAAUAAUGAUAAUAAUAUAAAUGUGACACUUGAUAGGCAGCGUCUGUAAUGACACCAGUCAAGAGCCAAAUGUUGGUCAGAUUUGAUGGUUGCUGUAUAAAUCUGCGAGGCUCUCCCAGCACGCCGGCUGAGAUGAGAACAUUUCACUGUCUUGGCUCGGCCAGUGUUUAGUGUUUGGUUUUGACAAGUUUUGUCCCUGUGGGCCACCAUAUAUUGGCCAUAAGCUUAUCAAAUUAAAGCCACAGUGGUAGUCACCUAAACUUUGAGCUGUAAUGAUGUAAACCAAUCCCAGCUCAUGCAGACCAGCCAUGUUUUCAGCCAUGUUUUGUAGUUGAAUGAAAUCACAGUGGUCACAGUGCAUGCGCCAUGUUAGAAAAUGUGGAGACUCAGCAGGUUUGAGGCUACUUAAAAUAAAAUAAUAAUGAUAAUAAAUAAAUAACAAGACCAAGACAAAAAGAAACAUUGAUUUAUAUCAGCGAUUGAAGCAGUUUUAAAUUAAUCUCCACUCAAAUUAUAUCACGACCUGUCGAGUGUAAAGCAUCAAAAGCAGACAGCAGAUUUCAGACGCUGCCUACAGGACAGAGGUCUUGUCUCUUAUCUCUCCAUCCCAUAAUACCUCCAUCACUCCGCUCGCUGUGUCGGAGUGUGAAGGCAAGGCGAGCUCCCUCUGCCGUUACCAAAUCACCUCGCAGGAUCUCGGGUCCACGUUCACUGGUGCUUCGAGGAUGUGAACACUGUGUCUGUUUAGUGUUUGGAGCAGAAACAGACGUGCGUUGACGGCAAAGCGUGGAAAGACUCGACUCUCCCUGGUCGUACGUGUAGAACUGUGACGCAGCAAAAACACUACAUGAUUUGUAUCUCAGUCACAAAUAUUUGCUAUGACUGUUAACCAGAAUUUGUGUAAUCUCCAGAAUCAGCACUGUCUUCGUCUGGGGGUUUGGGUUCAAGCUUGAGGACGGACAAACAGACAUCAGUGGAUCAGUGUGAGAGGGGAAACAAAAAAAAGGCAGGACUGGGCACUUUCUUUUUUCUUUUGUCCAUACCACUCAGUUUAUUGUAUAACGUUUUGGCUGAAGCAAAUAUGAAGACGAUUCUUUCAUGUUACUUUGCCUUGACGACUGUUGAGCCCAUGGCCAGAGAGCAGGAGAGAGUGAGAAAGGAAAAAUAAGGAUUACAGUGUGGAUCUGCCGUGGCUCAGGCUAAGUCAGAUUCCUCUGAGCCCCGAAAAUGUCUGAUCUUUUUAAUUUGUCUUGUAUGACGGCGUAUAAGGGCCUUCAUUUAAAAAAAAAUUAAAAAAAAUUAUGGAGUCGGGGUGAGGAGCAAAACUCCGAGAUUAAAUGUGUAAAAAAAAAAAAAAAAAAAAAAAAAAAAAAAGAGGAUAUUCUCUGAAAUUAAAGUGAUAACUUUACGCGAAAAACCUCACAAAUGUUUGAGAAAAAACUCUUGAAAAUUCAGAGUUUAUAAAGUCACAAAUUUGAGAGGAAUAAGUCAUAAAUUUAUGAGGAAAAAAACUGGAAAAUUGUCCGAUUAUAGUCGCUAAUUUAUGAGAAAAAAAUUCUGCUUUUACUUUGUUGGCCAAGGAACCAAGAAACAAGAACUGGAGUCAGCAACAUGAAGCAAUGUAAAGUAAAAGAAAGACUAUUUUUCUAAUUUUUUUUUUUUUUUUUUAAAUUUGUGACUUUAUAAUCUCAGAAUUUUCAUUUUUGUUUUUUUUUUUUCUCAUAAACUUACAUUUUUAUUUUAUUUUAUUUUAUUUUGUUUUUUCUCAUAAACUGACCACGUUUUUCUCAGAGGAUAUUUUUCUCAGAAUAUUACCCCACCUUGCCUGCCUCCGUGAAUAUUAUUAUUAUUAUUUUUCCCCCCCCCUACACUGUCCCUGAUACGCCGUCAUACUCUGCUGGUGUUUCCACAGUAAAACCGUCUCUCUCUGUCUCUGGCACGGCAGAUCGGUGACUUUGCCGCUGGCUGGUUUCAAGCUUGCGAGGACAGUUUGCAUCAGCAGGGCCUGAAGAUGACGAGGCAGCAUUUUAAUUUGAAAAAAAAAAAAAAAAAAACUCGACCCGAGACGAUUUAUCGCAGUCAAAUUCUUGUGAUGGGAGCCGCCGCUGCUGCUGUUGCUUAAUAGCAUUUGGAUUAUUUGGUCGUCAUGUCCGUUUAUCUGCGUUUUGCUGGGGAGGAGAAUGAUGAGUGUGUGUGUGUGUGUGUGUGUGUGUGUGUGUGUGUGUGUGUGUGUGUGUGUGUGUGUGUGUGUGUGCGUGUUGUCAUGUGUCUGUGCCCGUGCCUGUGUUUGUUUUGCCCAGAUGCUUCUGCUGCUCUGAUUAAUGGAAACAGUUCUCUGAUAAGAAAAUGUACUAGAGCAAAGAAAU